UGCAGAAUGUGCGGGUUACAUUUAUAAUUAGGGCCGAAAGUUACGCGGACGACGCGGACGCGGUGGGCGUGGGGAUGGCGGGGUACGUGUCGAACUGGAGGAUGCAGUCUUGCACCGCGAGGCGCUUCUGACGGACGAUGUCGAGCUGCGCACGAAUGUGCCGUGCUUUCGCGUCGUUUGCGUCGAUCUGGACUUGGAGAUGGGCGAGGAAUUUAGGAAGCUGGUUGUCGACCAUGUCGCGGAGGAUCGCCCAGUUGGGAUGAUGGGACACGCCGGGGGCGUCAGCGAUGGUUUGUGUGUACACGGCGAGCCUUUGUCUUAAUGUAGCGCACUGGGCUUCGUGCAUUUUCCGGGCUUCUUCGCACUCACUCCACGCACACGUUCCUUGGGACUCCAGACCAAGCAGCGUCUCCAUCUCCUGCAACAAUUGCUCUCGUGUGACGGCGGAUUCACGGUCCUUUGAGCUACUGAACAACGACAACCUCGUCGACGACAACGGCGGUGAAAUCGCCCACGACGAAAAAAACGCCGUGGUCGAGGCCUUACGAUCAUGUGGGCUCAUGCGAUCAUUUGCCCAGCCGUUCUCGAACGGGCGUCCCGGGGUCUGAAGUCCUACGAACGCAACGUCCGUCGUCGACUCGUCUGGGUGCUGUGGCAUUGAAAAGCGGACGGUCCCGGCGCUGUGGUCGCGCCGAUCCGAGUCGGCGACAAUAAUGGA